CUGACCAGCGAAAAAAGGUUUUAAGUUAAAACUAAAAGUGAACUCCACAGGAAUCUAUAAGGUCGAAACGUCCCAUCAAUUACGCAGCAUCAGGAGCGUGUUAAAAUUUUCACCCGAAUACUUACAACAGAAAGUGCUGGAGCGGACUGUCGGAUCCUGAGCCAGACGUGAAAAAAUAUCGCCCUGCAAAGGAAUCAGGAAACCUGACAGAAGGUGCAAAAGGAACCGCAAUCAGGAACAAGGACACUCGCUACCCCACAUACGGACCGACCGACCGCGUCCGGACCAGCAGACAACCAGGCGGCCCCUUCGAAAUCGACUUCCUUGCCUGGCAUCACGGUUAUCGAAUGCUGGUUUCGGUGAGGAAGUGAAAAGUUGAAUUUGGUAGAGCUUGCCCGCAGCAGCAGCAGCACAACGAAAUCAAAGAUUUCGCGGGUUCGGUAAUAUACAUCACGGGAAAGGUAUUCUUCUCGCCUAGCACUUAGUUUUACGGAAGGAUUAGCCAGUGUGAAAGGGCACAGCCAUGGCCGAUAAGAAAGUAGCGGAACAAUAUUAUGCCCCACCCGAAAAAUUGGGCAAAUGGGAAGGACUACGACAGUUUUGCUGGAACAGCGAAACCAGUCAAUGUCUCGGAAGAACCGGCUCCAGUUGGGCGAAAAUCCUAUUCUUCUACCUGGUAUUCUACGCAGCGUUGAUUGGGUUUUUCGCAGCGAUGCUAGCAGUGUUCUGGCAGACGUUAGAUAUGAAAAUGCCGAAAUAUCAACUAGCUGAAUCAUUGAUAGGGUCCAAUCCAGGUCUUGGCUUCCGGCCGAUGCCCAAAGAAGACAACGUAGAGAGUACGUUAAUUUGGUACAAGGCGUCCGACAAUGGAAACGUUGAAGCGUGGACAUCACAAAUCGAUGAAUUUUUGGAUGUAUACCACCAAGAGGAAGAAAAUCGUGUCGAUUGCUCGUUCGACACCCCUCCACCGGAGGGUAAGGUCUGCCGAGUUCCCAUGAACGAAUGGGGCCCCUGCACCAAGGCGAAUCGAUACAACUUCAAGAAAAAGAGCCCAUGCAUAUUCCUCAAGUUGAAUAAGAUCUUCAACUGGGUUCCACAUCUGUACAAUACUUCCGACAACUUGCCCGAAACCAUGCCGGACGAUCUCCGGGAGCACAUCAGCUCCGAACUCAGCCGAGGUGAUAAGAACGCCAACAUUGUUUGGGUUUCGUGCGCCGGUGAGAAUCCAGCCGAUAACGAACAUAUCGGCCCAAUCAACUACAUCCCCCGCCGAGGAUUCCCAGGAUACUUUUUCCCGUUCAAGAACAUCGAAGGAUACCUGCCACCGAUCGUUGCGGUUCACUUCGAGAGCCCUAAGCACGGUGUGCUGGUAAACAUCGAGUGCAAAGCCUGGGCACGUAACAUCCAUCACGACCGAGCUGACCGAAGAGGGUCCGUCCACUUCGAGCUGAUGGUUGACUAAGAAACGCGGCCAUCGUCCCUAGUAGCAGCUGGCAAGAGCAAAGCAGGCCGAAGAAGAUGAGUCUAAGUGCAGGCGAGAGAACAACUACCAGAAAGAACAAACAAGAUGAAUACCGAACAAGAUCAACAAUAACAAGAAUACUGCGAUCAACAACAGCAGCGAACAAACGAGGCGAAAUUAAAAUAAAAAGAAAACAUAAAAAGUGAAAAAAAAAUCAGUAUGUUAAAACAAUUAAUGUUCAAUAAGCAAAGCUUGAGAAAAUAAAAGAUACGAGAGAAAAUGGGCAUUCUCUGAAGAUGGAUAAACAUCGGAAUGAUAAGAAAUGCGAACUAUAAAAAAACAACAAAUUUAGGUGCGAUCUUUAAUUAAUUUAAAAUAUAAUUAACAAAUACAACAAACUAGAAGUUAAUUAUAUAAAAUUAUAUGCGCGAAACAUCAUCUCGUCUAGGAACAAAACAAUGAAAAACCCAACAAAAACCAUGUACAGCUCUUAAUGGUAUACUCAUACAAAUAUCGCGAACCGAAGCCGAACAUACAACAAGCAUUACAAAAGAACAAAUUCCGAAAGGCAGUGAACAAGUUAGCCAAGUUCGAUGCGAUACGGGGAAGAGCGAUUUGGAAGGGCGAUGUCUGUUACUUAGAUACUUGACUGAUAUGCAAGAGAGACAAAAAAUCAGAGGGGCGGGAUCGAAGAAGCUGAGCGACGAAUAUUCUUCUAGAUAAGGUUAAGAAAAGAGUAAGUGGCACAUUUGAAGGGGGUGUGAUCAUAUUUUAAAUGUAACUUGAAAACACUGAAUCAGUUCGUUUUCGAAUGUCGAACUGUGUGUACAAAGAGAACAUUAAAUGGGAAAUAGAACAAAUGAAAACAAAUGUAAUUUUUGAAGCGCAGCGGGAAGUUAUUUUUUUGAGUGUAAAUCGAUACUACCUAAACAAACACAAUGUGAAGCUUUUUAUAGAGGUUUAACAAAAUUACACAUACACAGACUUAGAAGAGUAUCGAUAUAUUUGUGGGUUUGAUUAAAUUCAAAAGCCAAUCUUGUUCCGUUUAAUCGAUUUUAAAGUUUAAUGCGUUGACAUAAGUGGUUUAUUAAGAAUUGAAAGCUAUGCAGUAUGAGAAGAAUAAGAAAAUCACAAACACAACUGCGCGUAAUAUCAAUAAAAAACGAAUAGGAAACGGCAAUAAAAUAAAAACUCUAUUGGCUUUUUUUUCAAAAUGGUAAAAUUGAUUUUGACCCAAAAUUGUGUAAGUGAUUUCUUGCUCUAAUCAAACCAUUCGAAUCCUCACAAGUGACCAUCUAAUAUAAUGCAGUCUAAUAUAUUUAAAAUCACAUUAGCCGAACGAAAUAGUUUACGCAGCGAGAAAUCACCUACUCAAAAUUCAAGGUCAAAAUUAAUAUCACCCUUUUGAAAAAAAAAAAAAAUCAUAGAAAUAUUAUGCCAUGGAAUCAGAAGGAAAUAGUUGGAGUGAAAUCAUCUGGACGAAAAACAAGUUUACGGGCCUCUUUCUAUUCUUACACUCACUGCCCAACAAAGAAAUAAUAAAAUAAUAAAAAUCAUGAAUUGCCCAAAGUAAAAACAAGUUUACUACUAUACCACGAAGCGUUGCAGAUGAUAUAGCCCACAGUAACGACAUCAAUAAAAUAAUUAAAGAAGAAACAUAAGGAAAUCCGAACAAAGAAAGUAUAAUUUGAUGUAAUUAAUAGCUGACUAAAGAAACAAAAAAAAACAACCCGCAACAUAAGUCGUAAACAAUUAAAUUUGAUAAUGUAAUUAGGGAUUUCGCCACUUAACACUAAACAAAUAAUUAAACUUGAUAACUCGUUUGCCUGUCAAAGUUGUGCCCUCGCGAGGGCACAGUCGAUCAAAGUGACUGCGCAAAUGGCGCCAGAGUCCGCCAUCUUUGACAGACGAACGUCAUGCUUCUGUUUCCAGUUCCACACCGGGAUUAACGACGGCACUAAAUUUAUACACACCAUUAUAUGGUGACCCGAAUAGCCGAAACGAAUGCAUAAAAUAACCAAAAAAGUAACAACCAACCAGUGGAAACAAGAGUACUUCAAUUGCAAAUAAAAAAAAAAACACUGAGAAACAAACAAAAAACGGAAAACGUUGUUGAAAGUAUUAUUAAUGAUUAUUAUUGGGGAAAAAUUGAUAGAAAACUGAUGAAAUCAAACUUUAAAAAUUGAGUCUCUUAUAAAUGAAAAAGUCACCUAACAAAAAAAAUUAGCUGAACUAAAUGCGUCGAGAUGAAACCAAAAGCGACAAACUGCAGAGUAACGGCUGAUUCUUGAAUGUUACUGAUAGUGCGCUUUAGAAAAAAAUUUCAAUGUGCUAACCUCUUUUCGGUUCGAAUUUUAUUAGUAUAAAAGAUGUGUUUCCUUAAUUUCUGUUAUCGUCCCCCAUAUCAAGAUCUGCAUCGUUAUUUAUUUUUUAGUGAUAAAUUAUUUAUUUAGUUUUCGCAACAAACGAGUAUUUUAGACGAGUUGAGUUUAUGAUUUGAACCUGUUCAUUUAUCGAUUGCGCACUGUGUUCAUGUAAUGAAAAAUCAAGGUGGAAACCAAGUUAUUGAAGUUGAUAAAUACUGUUUUAGUGAAGAUAGAUUAUUUGUAACAGAUGAAUAAGUAGUCUAAUAAGUAAAAUAGAAAACACACACAUACGGCAGAUGGUGAAUUAAAGCGAGGGAAUGCUAUGCUAAACAGAAGCAUUCAUGCCUUUUCGAGCUUUGAAGUUUGUAGAUUUUAAUAAAUUUAGUUGACAUUUUUAGAAUGACCCAAAUAAAUUAUCGAAAUAAGUGACAGCUUUAUUUAAGCCAUGUUUAGUUGUUUGAACUUCUACGUUUAGGAAGCCAUUUUAGUAGGAAACCGCUACGAUUACUACAGGAGCUAUGUAAAAUUGAUUGUGAAUAGGAUUUUAGAUUUCUUUCCCGAUAUUUCGAUAAUUACCAUCUAAAGUGAGACGAUCGAGUUGAAAUAGCUGUAAGCCGUAAUUCAAAAAGCGUAUACAAAAAUACCAACAUCAACUCGAGUGCAGUAACACACUAAUUGUUAGAUUUAAAAAAAAAACUAUCGCAGGCAAAGAUACACCUACAAUUAAAGCUCCCGUGAAGAAUAGAUAAAAAAGCUACAGCUGUUACAACUUACUAGAAACUAAUACAAAUAAGUCGCAAAUGGAUCAGAGAUAGAGCUGAAACCAUCUUUCUAGUUUAACUGUCAAAUCGCAGCGUAGCGUCGCUUUUGAGCAAAUCACGACAUGCGAGAGAAAAAAUGGCAUUUAAAUGAGUUCUCAACACGAGCAAAACAAUAGAUUCAUUCACUUACAACAACAUCCAAAAGCUCUAUUCAAAACACCCACCACUAACACAUACCAAAACACACACACACGAUUACAGCUAAACGUAAAAUUAAUAAUGGAAGUUAUGAAUAAAAAGUAAUAAAAUGAACAAAAAUAAACAACAAUGUAAAUCUACUAUAUCUUUUUAAUGAAUGAUUAUUGAAAUAAAAACUGAGAAUCUGUAGAGACGAA